GUCAGCUCCUGGGUGACACACGUCAUCGUUUCCCAGCCAACACACGAGGACAGAAAGGCUGUUUUAUCUUGCAUUUUUCGAGUAGCUGUGUGCUGUUGGAAUUUUGGAAACUUCAAUACAGCAGUGGAGAUUCUGUCAGGUUUAAAGUCUGAUAAGUUAAAACCUUUUUGGUUGUCGCUCUCUGGAAAGGACAAACUUCCCCUACUGGAUUUUCUGAGCUCGUCCCUCCUAACACCUGGACCCACCCAGGAGUACAAGGAAGCUGUUGAACGAGCACUGGAUAUUCCACAUUCCAAGGUGAUUCCUUUCUUUGGAACGUUCUUGAGGGAUCUGAAGACCGUUUUUAAUGGCAUGCCGAGUUUGUUGGUUCUGCCUAACAACGACACUCAGGAACUAGAGUUGGUGGCUCAAUUCCAAGGUGAGGAUCACUUUAUGAGUCGUGUUGGCGUUGGUGGCAUUAUUAAUAUGAAAAAAAUAGAGCAAGUCCGCCAGGUGUUGGAUGACAUCCGAGCUUUCCAUCAGCACGCCGAACACAGACGCAAGGAAUUAAUAUCUAGUUCAACAUCAGAGCCUAG